AUGGAUUUGCAAAUAAUACAUACAGCAGAUGGCCGCGCUGGCUUGGCUGCACAAGAACACACAUGGCAGGAUGUCUCUCAAUCCUACCUCCCAGAGGAAAACACUUCCAGCAUCCCUAUUCUUGACCCACACAACUUUAGCAACCUGGAUUUCGAUGAAAGGCCCUCCAGCCAACCUUCGCAUGUGAGUCCAUCUAUGCUUGAGGCUCCGGUACCAACGAAGACUAAAUUCUUCCCACUCUCCUCUACACCCUACUGGUCACUUAUUGAGUUCCCCGUAAGGGAGGCUAUUCUAAAAGUGCUAUCCGAUAGCCUUGGAUCAUUCCAAGAGGCUUGCCUUACGCUUGAACUAUUUAGCGAUGAAGUUAGAGAAUUCCUCGGGAAACGAAAUAACUUGGAGCCCGCAUCUCGUACGCUGGAUGAAGAAUCGGUUGCUUAUGGAUGCAAAUACCUCCGCUCCAGAGGGCUCGAGAAGUAUUCAGAACCCCUUAAGGAAUAUGCAAGACAUAUCAAUAACUGGCCGCUGGAUAUCGAUUUUAGUGACCUGAAACUCGAGCUUCUCCCGGAAUCGUUGGAAUACGAAGAACGAAUUGUCGAGUUCUUGCCUUAUCAAGAUCAGGAUUUACAAGCCAGAGAAUUUCAGGACCUAACCGCCAAGCGCGUCUUAUCCCUCUCGACGGAAUCGAUUGCUAUUUCUGUCAAUAUUAUGAAAGCAGCCUUCUCUAGUACUAAGUUCUUUUCAACAGUCAAAUCCUUUCGAUUGCCUGCUGGGGUUGUCGUAGUCAGUCCCGAGGGCAUAAAGAAACUCCUCGAAGGCGGCAAGUAUACUAUACUCAACCCACCUAUUCCAGCAUUCUCUGAGUCACACCACUUCACCAUAUGCGACAAUGCUGCUAAGUAUCCAACAUCUUUGACAGCUGACUUCCCUAAUAGCCAGAAUCCAACGCAUCAUAGCCACGAGGGAGUACGCCAACCUUCAAAGCCUUACUCGACGGUUAGUUCUGAUUCUCGACUAUGCACCCACCCAAAGACAAGCUUCUUCGAUGAUAUGAUCUCGCACCGUACUCGGGUAAUAGAAAGAGCGCUAGAGGACAAUCUCAUUCUGCGCGGCUCCCUAGUAAACAAUACCAGUUCCACUUCCUUACGCCCUAAGCUACUACUACAGCCUCGGAAGGAUGCCGAACGCCUUUUACCUGGAACUGGAGAUGAGGAGGCAAGAGAAUUGUAUCAGAAGGGACAUAGGGCACUUCUACACUUCUAUCUACCACCAGGUUACUUAGUUAUAUCCCCAGGCGGUGACAAGAUGAACUUCGAUACACCUCACAUAGGAGAGAGCAAUGGAGAGAUCUCUCCCGGUCUUGGUGGGGAGUAUAUAUUUGUACCACCCGAACACGCUGUCCAUGCUGAUAACUACAGAAGGGUAAAUCUAGCGAAAAACGAGAUAGCCUGGAUUAAUUUCAAAGAGUCCGUGGUUGUAUUCCGCGAUAGAAGAAUGCUCCCCGGAAUAGUCGGAACGGGUCUCCAUCGAUUGUCAAUACGGGACGGCAGGUUAAGGAUAACCUGCGAGGAUGGAGAGUAUGACCUAACCAAGGCCCUGAGGAAUCCCGAUCCCCAUCCCUUAUUUACAACCAAAUCCAUCCCGAUCCACACCGUUGAGACCGCAUCGAAUCAAGCCGCAGCGAACCCUCAUACUUACAAUGAUGCUACUCAAUACCUUGCCCAGAAUGAUGUAGAGGCCGAGGAGGAGAAUGAUGAGAAUAAUUCAUAUGGCCCUUCAAAUACCACUAUGCCAGAACUAAUAGGGGUAGUACAGGAUCGAAAGCGAAAGCCAUCCCAUGACGUGAUCGAGGAGUUACCGCAGAAGGUACCGAAUACCGGACUCGGAAUUCAUCCACUAGCCCAGUCAGAGGUUCUAGAGACUCAGGAAAAGAGAAACUCGCACAUCGUUGAAUCUAAGCCCCUAAUCGAGCCUCAGCGUCAAGCCCAGCCUCAGCUUCAACCCCUGCCUGAACCUAAAUUCAGGCAUGAAAAUAAGGCUCAGCUGAAGGCCCGAUUGAAGGCCCAACCGAUGGCUAAGAAACAACCUAGAUUCUCUGGGGUUACCGCAGAGAACGCUGCGAGUCUAGCGAGGAGCGUAGCGUUGCAGAAAUCUAACACCGUGCCUCCUCCAGAUGCUACAGCUCAAGAAGAGGUGCUUACGCAGCCUCAUAACGAAGAACAGACUCAACCUGAAGUUCAGAAGAAACGCCCAAUACGUAUUGUUUUGACCAACAAGAAGGCCGCCACGCCCGCUGCCGCUAAGGAGCAGUCUAGCACAACACCAAGAUCAAGUACCAAUACUCGACGAAAGUCAGCCGGAAAUUCCCAGGCUCAAAUUCCAGCUCAAGCUCAAGCUCAGAUACAGUACCCAGCUAAAUCCCAAGCCGGACGACGACCACGAGGACGCCCUUCCAAGAAAAACCAGAAAGUUGCCGCCUCAAACAAACCCCACGACGAACAGUCUACUGCAGGCCCUAGCCUGUCUGUUGCUGAUAGAACCUCCUCGCUUGCCGCUCCCCAGGCUCGACCCCAGACCGAAACUCCGCCUUCGCGAAAGAACGCCCAGAGACGUACCUCUAUACCUACCCGACGAUCGUCGCGCCUCAGCGGAGGCCAAGAGAAUCUCGACACGCAGCCCGAGAAAUGAACGCGUGGAAAACUGCAUCGACGGCAAUGAGAAUGGAGUGGUUGGUUAAGGUUGGAGGGUCGGAAUUGCAAUAUUUGCAUUUGGAACGCGUUGUCGUCUGCGGUUGGGGAUGUAAUGUAAUUUGUUUUGUAAUAAUUGCUACAUGUAGGAAAAUUCGCGAUGGCCCCGAAGUGCAAUUCGUUUGCUGAUUCUACGAAGGGGGAGUCUGCCAUAUAUUGGUAGGUAGCUCCCCUUGAUUACCUAGGUACCUAGUGUUAGGAAACUCCGUAGAUUUAAUCCACGAAUGCUUUCCACUGCCUGGCAUUGGUACCUAACCACCUAUUACCUUCUUCGUAGUAACGCGCCGUAUUCUUUUGAGAGUUGAAAUGCCUCUGGAUAGUAAGGUAUGAUAAAGGUGAUGUAGUUGUAUUGAUGGUCGAAGAAGGGUAAACCGAAUAAUGG